AUGGCACGCCAAGUGUUUGUUGUUGCUCUCAUCUUGAUCGCCGCCUUUGCGGCGGUGGCUUCCGCCCAAUCCUCACCGAGCAGCUCCCCAUCAUCAGCACCAGCUGUCUCCCCUAAGGCAGCGACUCCCACCUCCCCAUCAAAGCCGAGCGCCGCCCCAGUGCCGGAGGAAGAGCCCUCAUCACCUCCCGUCCCCACCAAGGCCGCCACUCCAUCUCAUGCUCCCGCCGCCGGCGAGGCACCCAGCCCGGCCGAAACUACCGACGCACCCGCUGCAGGUGCCGCCUCCCUGAAGAUCUCUGCCGCCGUUGGUUCUGUGUUUGUUUAG